AUGAUCCCAUUGGAAAUCACCCCACGGGUUGAGAGUCUGCCUACCCCAGUCAAUCCAGGUGAUCCAGCAGCACUGAUCAAUGGCUCAAUAUGGCCCAUGGCAGCAAUCUCGACAGUCUUUCUAGCCCUCCGAAUCUACUGCAAAGGCUUCAGAGUCAGGUGGAUGAUGUGGCUGGACGACUGGCUUUUGAUCGCCGGAUGGGUCUUUCUGAUUGCCUCGCAGUCCUUCUUGAGCGAGAUGAUGAGGCUGGGGUUCGCGAGAACCUACGGCGUCACGCCGGCCAUGAGCACGAUGUUGUAUUGCGCCGACAACUGCCACAAGAUCUCCUUGGCUCUGACAAAAACUUCGUUUGCCGUUACGUUGCUUCGAAUUGCCUCUGGGUGGCAGAGAUACAUCAUCUGGUUCUUGGUCAUUACCAUGAACAUCCAGUUCAUCGUCCACAUCAUUCUCACCUGGAGAGCUGUUUGUCCUAGAAGACCUGGAGAUACAACUCCUCACCUUCCAGGCUCAUGCUGGUCAGCACAAGACGCAAUCACCUUGGGAAUAUUUGGAGGAUUGUACUCUGCCGUCUCAGAUUUUGUUCUCGCGUUAUUACCUUGGAAGAUCGUUUUGAGCCUACAAAUGAGGAAGCACGAAAAAAUCGGCGUUGGAAUGGCCAUGAGCAUGGGGAUCUUAGCGGGUGUGAUGGGAAUAAUGAAAGCUGUGCAGAGCAUCGCGAUCAUGGACUUCCUUGGCCCUGAUUACUUUUGGAAGGUCUGCAUCUUUUGGGUCUGGGCGAUGGCAGAACCAAAUGCGACCAUCAUUGCAGCCUCCAUUCCCGUUCUUCGAGUGCUCUUCCGAAACACUCUGAGUAGCCGACCUUCAGAAUACCCCUCUGGCGCAUACAUUCGAUCGGAUAACCUCAGCAAGUUUCAGAAUCGCGGCAUGUCUGCUAUUUGCUCCUCAAGAAAUAUGGACCGCGACAAGAGAGACAAUGACAGUGAUCAGGAAAUUUUAGGUGGGAUUAUGAAAACAACGGAGGUAUCUGUGGACUCCAUCAACUAUGAUGGCCAAGGCCGUCGGUUCGGGAAGAAGGCACUACGGGAGGAGCACGGCAUCGAGCUUGCCAAUCGAUGA